GGUUACCCACUGGAGGUUUUGCGGCUGAUAACGUUUUCAGGUUGAUUUCCUCCACCACCGCCAGUCCCAUUUACCAGUUUAUUGCUUCGCCUUCCACGUUCUUGCACUCUGUGGACCCCAGAAUCAAAUUGGUAUGGCUCUUGGCUCUAGUUGUCUUACCAGCAAGGUCGCAUAUAAUAAUGCGAGUUGGAUUAGUCAUAUACACAAGUCUUCUGUCAAUAUGGAUCCUUCCGAAACACGUGUGGAUGGACCAAUUGGGAAGAGUGUCAUUGCUUUCUGGAGUUUUAUUUAUAAUGUUGGGGCUAGGUUCAGAUGGUGUACCCUCUCCUGUCCAGUUAAGAACUCCACCACCUGCAGUCAUGGGUUUGCCUAAUCUUCCUGUUUCCUUGGGAGGUUAUUCGUAUUUAAUUAUGAAGCUAGGACCAUUACGGUUUACAAGGAAGGGCUUGUCGGUUGCAAGCACAGCUGCCUGCUUAACCUUCACAAUCUUCCAAAGCUCAAGUCUCUGCCUGGCAACCACUACCCCAGAACAACUUGCAUUUGCUAUGCGGUGGUUUAUGCGCCCUUUGAAACAUAUCGGUGUUCCAGUUGCUGAAAUCAUUCUUACCCUUUUGCUUUCACUGAGGUUCAUUAAUCUAGUGUUUGAUGAGGUGCGAAAUGUCGCAUUGGGGAUUGUAUCUCGUAAGAUAAAUUGGAAGCAGUUGACAGUGCUGGAGACAAUUGAUAUUUUUGCUUCCUACAUUCGUCGGAUCUUCAAAAAUAUUUUUAGCCAUGCUGAGCAGAUAUCUCAGGCAAUGAUUGUGAGAGGUUUUAGAGGGGACAGUGGAACUCAUAAAAUUUACGCCUUAUCAGAGUCAUCUGUUGGGAUGGCAGAUUUCAUUUCCCUGUUUUGCCUGGUCAGCAUUGCAGGUGCUGCAUUUUUGUCGGAGUACUUCCUUGUUUGAUACAGAAGUCCACUCUUGCCAAGAUAUAAUCUUGGCAUUCAUGUGGUGAAGUUUUGCUUAAACUGAAGCCAAUACACUCAGGAAUAUAAGUUGUCAAAAUAAAGUUAAAGUCAAUUUGAUUGGUGGCACAACAUGAAAUGAGAAGAAUUAUUCAGUUGGAGAAACUCCAGUCGAUUAGCUGUAUAUUAAAAUUUACUUUAACGAGAAAACUCAUUGGAGUGGAGGCUACCUGUGUAAUAACAAAACUAAUGGGUUCUCA